AUCUGAUCCUCUAUCUUGGUAAAUCCAUUGUCUCAUAUCCACUCCACCAGCACCAACUACUUCUACAACAUGUCCGCCCCUACCCCCAUCGACGCCCCGCCACACAUCCUACACCUCCUCUCAGAACUCCACAAACUCUCCCUCGAGCAAGAAGCCCAGAUCUCAAAAACGGGCAAAGUCCUCUCCACCAAUGUCCUCGGCGACCUCGAAGACAAAGGCUCCGCAACCAACCCCCAAGAGGAAUUCAACCAACUAAUGCUCGACAAAUUCAUCGCCCUGGACGAAGAUAAAUGCCAAUUUACCUACCAGCUGAUCAACGCCAUGGGGGCUACCAACAUCAUCGAAGCGGGGACCAGUUUCGGUGUCAGCACUAUCUACCUUGCUUUGGCUAUCGCGAAGACAAAAGCCGUCACCGGCAAGUCGGGUACGGUGAUCGCGACAGAGAAAGAGAAGACUAAGGCGGAUGUCGCGCGCAAGUACUGGGUGCAGUGUGGUUCCGUGGUGGAGGAACAGAUCGAUCUGAGAGAAGGGGAUCUAUUAGAAACUUUGAAGGGGGAUUUACCUGAAAUCGAUCUGCUUUUUUUGGAUAUCUGGACCCCGCUCGCCCUACCGACAUUGAAGACUGUCCUUCCUCGUAUGCGGCCCGGCGCAGUGGUCUUGACUGACAAUACCAUUUCCGGAGCUGAGGGGUAUGCGGAGCUGUUGGCGUUUUUGCGAUCCCCGGAGAAUGGGUUUCGGAAUAUGACGCUGCCUUUCACGAAUGGGUUCGAGAUGAGUGUUUAUCAGCCGCGGUCGGAGUAGUUGUCAUUACAAGGAUUGGAUAAAUUAUCGUGAAUGGCAUAUGUGCAUUGACUAUCUGACCUGAACAACGGGUGGGAUAUGAUAGGGAGACCGCGGUAUAUUUAGGAGAGCAUGUCCUAAAAUGAGCAGUAUUCUUCAUGUAUCUAAUUGAAAAAUGUCAAGUGGAAUAUCGGCAGACAAAGUACCCUGUGAAUAGACGAC